UUCAAAGUCACACUAUGAUCGUUUUUGAAAUAAAAUGUUAUUCAAAAUUGCAUUUUACAGUAGCUCAGCCUCAACUUUUGGCCAGAUUUGUUCUUUACGUUUGGCAAGUUUUGAGGCUCAUGUUUCUAUACAAUUGCCCUUAUAAAGAAAGAGUGUACAUUUAAGCCCGCAAACUUCGUGAAGGAGAAACACUUUAUAUUAACUCGCCCACUUCAAAUUUUCAUAGGGAGAUGUCAGGCAUCAAAAAAGGAAGCGAGGUUUUGCACUUAAGAUUUCGGGUAAAUAAAAAACCUAACAUUUUGACCAUGUUUUUACUUCGACCACAAUGCUUCCUUGAUUACGGAUGACGUGUAAGAUCCACGGAGCAAUGUUAUGAUUCGGGUUCCUUUUCAGAAUGUCGGAAAUAAAUAUUGGUUGACCAAUCAAGUUAUUUUUUUAACUAGGAUCAGUUGAAAAACAUCCUAAAAAGUGAAUCGGAGCCACAGAGUGGAAGGCUUUUUAUUACUGCAAUUUUCUCACGUGGGAAAUCUACACGUCACCUGUUUCCUGGAGAAGAUGACGUACCGGGCAUGUUGUUGAUGAGCACACCGUCGAUCAGCAUUGUUGUCCUGGGUUAGUCAACUGUUCGCCCAUUGUGACUCGUUAAUAUUUGAUGCCAUUGUCAAUUCAUUGCACUGCAAAUGCUUUGAAGUUAAAUCUUUCUUAACAAUCAUUGAGUUUGGGCUUGCCGUACUAGAUAGCUGAAAUUUGUGAGCAACUUAGCUGGAUUCUGAGAUCACAAAGUUUCGUUGUUUAAAAUGUCAUCAAAGUAGGCAUGCUUACAACUAAUGAACGGAUCGUGAUGAACGGAGAGUUGAAGCGUACGCCGCCCAGAAAGCCGCCAAGGCGAGUUUGCAACAACUGCAAAUGCACGAAGGAGGAUCACGAGAUUGGACAAGGAAUGGACGAGAAAAUGAACCAGUUGAACAUAACUGAUAGAAAUGAAAAUGAAGACUUGAUGAAUGAGAAAAUCCUUAGUCAAUACGCUUGGGUACCGCCUGGCUUGGAUGCUGCUCUGGUGGAGUCUUACAUGAGCUCGUUGCCCGACAACCAAGUGCCAAAAUACGAGAAUACAGAGGCUAUGAAGUACAGAAAUAAGCAGUUAUUGUUGCAGUUUCCAGUGCAAGAUUCCAGCUUUGAUCGUUGCAACCAUAUUCCUCAAGCGGCCAAACACGUGUUUGAUCAGUUUACCAAAGCUAAAGAGGCUGAUAUUGGAACAGGUCACGUGGAGAAGGCUUUCAGAGUCAAGGAGUGCCAAAAGUGCCACCAGAACAUCGAAAUCGGCAGUGCAUACGUUUUGGCAUUUUCUUUAGGAGAAGAGGCAUCAUGGCACCCAGCAUGCUUUCAGUGCAGUAAAUGCAACGAGCUGCUCAUGAAUUUGAUUUUCUUUCAUUCUGAUGAUGACAUAUUUUGUGGUAGACAUUAUGCUGAGAUCAGUAAACCCAGAUGUGAUGCCUGCGAUGAGGUGAUUCUUUUUGGUGAAUACGUCAAAGCUUCGGAAAAUGCGUACCACGUUCAGCAUUUCUGUUGCUGGAUUUGUGACAAAGAAUUGAGUGGUAAACAGCACCUAAUCGAGGCUCAACAACCCAUCUGCAUUGAUUGCUACAACAACAAAUUCGCAAACACGUGCUACAAAUGCAACAAGCGUAUCUCAAUGGAUGACAAGGACAUACUGUAUGAGAACCACCACUGGCAUGAUACAUGUUUAAAGUGCGUUGUCUGCAAUGAAACCCUGAGCGGUAGAUCGUUCCUUACGAGGGAAAAUGAAGAAUUUAUUUGUACGGACUGUCAUAGAAAAACUGAUGAGAGACGAUGCAAAACAUGCGGAGAAGGCUUUGAGCCUGGAAUGAAAAGAUUGGAGCUAAAUGGAAUUUACUGGCACGAUACGUGUUUCAUUUGCGAGCUGUGUAAAGAACCAAUAAGCUCAAAGCGUUUCAUGCGACAUCAAGACUUGACUGUUUGCGUCAGAUGCUACGAAGAUACGUUCGUUAAGAAAUGUGUCACGUGCAACUUGCCUCUGACGCAAGGCGGUAUAAGCUACAAUGGCGAGGCCUAUCAUAAAGAAUGUUUUGUCUGUGUAAAAUGCAAUGCUUCCAUUGCCAGUCAAUCGUUUUCAGUCAAAGACGAUGAUAGAUUUUGCGUACAGUGUUAUAGUAACUUAUUCGCGAAGAAAUGCAAGGCCUGUUCAGAUUAUAUAUUAUCUGGCGAGUAUUACACUCUUGAUGAUGAUACCUGGCACAAGGAUUGUUUUCGAUGCACCAAAUGCGGAGAGGCACUCGCAAACUCAUCUUUUGUCCAAGAAGGUGACGAGGUCCUUCUUGUCUGCGAGAAAUGCAUUGAAUCAGAUUGAGAGAGCUUACGCUAAAGCUAAUUGCGAACAGGCUUGGUACGUUAGUGCACGGAACAACUGGCGAACUAGACUGUGGAACUACGCUCAUUUCCUAAUAAGAACAAAUAUGAUCGGAUACGUGAAUUGUAGUGAAUAAACUACCCAUUUGUAGCUGCGUAGAAUGUUCGGUGGAAAGGAUAGAGGCUUCCAGCGAGAGUUUCGUGGAUGACAUGCUACAGGUUAUCUUUUCUAAGAACAGAACUCUGUCAUAGUUUGCUUGAAAAUUUGUAGGUUUGUUGUUGCUUUAUUUAAUUUUUAUAUGUGUUAUUGUCUAAACCGAUAUACCUUUUAGUUUCCUUAUAGAACAAGUGAUAUCGCUUUUAAAAUUGAAAUUUGUGUUGCACACAAGCAUGGUAGUUGAUAAACACAAUUUGCGCUCACUAAAAGUAGGCCAAAAAGGAACGCUCUUAUUUGUCAGAGUAGCUGUUAUAGGACCACAAUAUGAUUUUAUAGGUCCGUAAUAAAAACAUUUUAAAUGUUGAUCUUUUUCUCUUGAUUGUAGAUAUCAUCAAUUUUUUAUAUUCUGAGCUCUUGUCUAAGAGCCAGGCGAAGGUUUAAGCUUGUAUUUGCCAUUGCUUUGAAGUAUUCGAUUCAUAUUGAAAGAAUAUUUUUGACUUGAGAAAACGCAAGCUAGAAAUGAUCUUUUUGGUGAUUCGUGUAUUUAGCUGACAGAAGUCUUUUUACAUCGAGGUUUUACUCGUUAGCCUAAAUGUUAUAUUUAUGUAUGAGAUUCUGUAGUUAA